AUUGGUUUCAAUUGCUUCCGCGCAGUUAAAACAAAGAUGGACAAAGUUAACGUUGUGUGUGUUCUUUUUUCCGGUCCCGUUCGCACCUUUCUUCUCUUUCUGUAACGCGAAUCCUCUCUUCCUCUCUCUCUCUGUGAAAAAGACAAAAACCUUGCAAGUAUCUCAUCCUUCCAUUUCCAUCCUACUCCGCCCUAUCUCCCUUCCCUUCCCUUAAAAACGAUAGGUUUACCCUCAGCCCACCCCCAGAUCUAACCCCUUUUCUCCUCCCAACCAGAUAAUCCCAUUUAGAGAAACGAAAAAUGUGUCCGGUUCGUUCAGAUCCCAUCCACAGAUUCCAUCCCCUGCCACUCGAUCACUUCGACCGUCUUCCCGACUCUCUCCUUCUUUUAAUCUUCAACAAGAUCGGCGACGUUAAAGCUCUCGGCCGAUGCUGUCUUGUCUCCCGUCGUUUCCAUUCCCUCGUCCCUCAAGUUGAAAACGUUCUCGUUCGUGUCGAUUGUGUCAUCUCCGACGACGAUUCUUCCCCUUCUUCCUCAUCCUCCGACAAGUCAUGUCCCGCCGGUCCCUUCUCCAACCUCUUGCGUCUCGUCUUCGGAGGCAUUGUUAAACCCCUUCAAGCUUUGGGUCAAUUCCUCGGUCCUAAACGCUCCCUUCUCGAUGAAACGCUUAGCGCCCCUUCCACUUCCUCAUCCGUCGGUCGCGCCGCUGAUGAUGAUGAUCCCGAAAUGGGCCAAACUGGUGUCACCCACCAUUCCCCUACUCAAGUGCUUAGAAAUUUCAACGAGAUUCGUUUCCUCCGAAUCGAAUUACCCAGCGGCGAGUUAGGGAUUGACGAUGGAGUUCUGUUGAAAUGGAGAGCAGAUUUCGGAUCAACCCUUGAUAACUGCAUCAUCCUUGGAGCUGCCUCCGUUAUUAAUGACGUGCAUUCGCAAGUACCGGAGUAUGGCAACGAUGGGUUUUGCAGCAACAAUUGCAUUACCGGCAACGGUGAUGAUAAUGGGAGUAUUCCAGAGUCGUUUUAUACCAAUGGAGGCUUGAAAUUAAGGGUUGUUUGGACGAUUAGUUCGUUAAUCGCAGCAUCAGCAAGGCAUUACUUACUUCAACCGAUAAUUGCGGAGCAUAGGACGCUGGAUACCUUGGUUUUAACCGAUGCGGAUGGACAAGGGGUGCUUCGUAUGAACAGGGAACAGCUUGAGGAGUUGAGAGUCAAGCCAUUAUCGGCUUCUUCAGCUUCAAAAAGGACGCAGGUGCCGGCAUUGAAUAUGAGGCUUUGGUAUGCCCCUCAUUUGGAAUUGCCUAACGGGGUUGUAUUAAAAGGUGCUACUUUAGUUGCAAUUAGGCCCAGUGAGCAAUCUGCUUCUAGAAAAGAGGUCUCCGAUGCUUCUUGGUUAUCAACUGCUUUCGAAGAGCCUUAUGGGACUGCUGCGAAGAUGCUGAUUAAGAGAAGAACGUAUUGUUUGGAGAUGAACUCCUUUUGAUACCCUGCAACGGGAGAGCAGUCAAGCACAAGGGUCAAGGGGAAGUUCAUUUUGCAUUGAUCAGGGAGAGCAGUCAAGCACAAUGGUCAAGGGGAAGAAGAUAGCAUGCUUUUUGAAAGCUGAUGACCAAACAACAAUUUUGUUACAUGUUGUAGCUUAAUCUCGGUGCUGUGUCCUAUGGAAGCAAAACCUUGGUUGGGAUCGCCAGUGAAAGCAAUCCAUGAAUGUUGAUAAUGCACUGCAAGCGUUUUGGCUUUUGUGCUUCAACUGAUAGCCUAAUGCACUUGCUGCUUGUUUUUAUUUCCGGCAUAUGCUUGUAAGAGUGCACACCUGUGAUCAGAUUGAUGUUGUAAGAGCUUUGAAUUUGUAGCCCUUUAACUCUGAUCCCUCUUUUAUGUGUAUAUUGUAGGUAUGAAGAUGUGAUGCUUUAUGUUAUAUACUUGUGAAGUUCAUAAAGAAAUGUUGUUUGCAACUUAGCUUUUAGCUUUCGUUGGAUAAACUUAUUGUAAUUUUUUCAAAGUUAAAUGGAUACUUUAUGGUCACAA